AUGGCAAUCAUUUAUGUGAAAAACAAGUUGAAGAAUUGGAAAGCUGAUUGCAUGAUUUUGCGUGGUGCUUAUUUGCAUGUAAGGUGUUCGGUGCAUAUUAUUAAUUUGAUUGUUAAUGAUGGGUUGAAGGAGUUUAACCACUCCAUAGCAAGUAUUCGAAAUGCUAUAAAAAAUUUUCGAUCAUCUCCUUCUAGGCAUAUGAAGUUUAAAGCUUGUAUUGAAAGAGAGAAGAUUGGUUGCAAAAAGCUUGCCAUUCUAGAUGUACCCACUAUAUGGAAUUCAACCUUUUUAAUGUUGGGCAGUGCAUUGAAUUUUCAGAAAGCAUUUGAACGGAUGGAGGAAGAGGAUGGAUUUUAUUAUAAAUAUUUUGACGAGCGUGAAAAUGGACACGAAAGAGAAGGACCACCUACUAGUGAUGAUUGGGAUGAGGUCAAGUUUGACAAGUAUUGGGGCACAAUUGAGAAAAUAAACAAGCUUUUACUUUUAGCAAUUGUACUUGAUCCGAGAUACAAAUUUGAGUAUGUUGCAUAUUGUGCGAGUAUCUUAUAUAAUGAAAACAAGGUGGAUGUGUUAAAGAGUGAAGUUAUGAAAAUGUUGUAUGCUUUAUACAAUGAAUACAAGGGACGACAUGGUAUUGAUGAUGGAAUUGGUGGUCAUAAUUCUAAUAAUGGACUAACUUCUGUUGAUGGUUCAGAUGAUGAUGAAGAUGGAGAUAGAGAUGAUAUGAGUCCAUUUAAUAAAGUUGACAUAGGGUACAAAAAAUUGAAAACUAGCAAUGUGGAUUUACCUGGAAAAGACGAGAUUCAAAAAUAUUUAGGAGAAAGUAUUGAAGACCCUACAAAUGAAAAUUUUGACAUUUUAUAUUGGUGGAAGAUUAAUAGUGAAAGUUUUAGUACUUUAUCUGAGAUAGCAAGGGAUGUGCUUGUCAUUCCUGUCUCUACGGUUGCUUCUGAGUCAGCAUUUAGCCCGAGUGGACAAAUUCUUGAUUCAUUUAGGAGUUCUUUAACUCCUAAAACAGUUGAGGCAUUAAUUUGCACACAAAAUUGGUUACGUGGAGAAUCUGGACUUUUGAAACCUAUGCACAUCAAUCUGAAAGGAAUUUUGAACCUAGGGCCCUUAAGUGUGUUUUCUGGGGCUAUGGUAAAAGGGUAUAGACUUUGGAAUACUGAAGAAAUGAGUCGGACUGAACAUGUAGUAAGGGAAACUGAAAUUGAGGUGGAGCAAGUUAAUACUGAUAAUCUGCAUGCUGAUCAGAUUGUUAAUAGUGAUGUUCAGGCCCAAAAUAAUGAUGAAAAUCACCAAUCUGAAUUUGAUUUAGAAGGGUUCAUUGAGAAUGAACCUGCGUCCUUUAAAGAUGCUAUGAGUAGCAAGGACUCUAAGCAUUGA